AUAUACAGUAUGCUGUCUUAAAAAGUAAAAGUGUAAACAGAUUUUCGUGUUGAUAUUUUGUUAAAAAGGGAUUUUUGUGUUAGAAAACUAGUGAUACGUUACAACUUGAUUGGAAAACAUUUUGGGAAGAUGAAAUUAUCACCAAAUCAGCUGAGAGAAAAUCUCAGAAUACACCUGGCAGAAUUAGAAAGCUUGGAGUCAGUUUUUUGCAAUCCAGGAGAAUUGAAAAUUGAAGAUAUCUGCACUUUGGCUGACGUAAAAGAUUUCGUGGACGAUAAAACAACAAUUCCUCCACCUUAUCUCGAUUUAACUAUCAACCUCAAUAUCGACAACAUGAAGUUUGAACUAUGCGCGACUCUACCUCAUAAAUACCCUUAUAGCCAACCCGAAAUAUUCGUACGAAACGACAAACUCAACCGAGAACAACACGUUAAAAUAAACAAAGACCUGAAUGAGUUUGUGGCUGGUCAAGAAAAGGGCGAACCCUGUAUAUUUUCUGCUACUUGUUGGUUGAAAGAUCACGCUGACGAGUAUUUACAAAUUGAACAAGAACAACCUUCAAAGAAAGAGGAAAGGAACGAAAAAUUUGUUAGAUAUUGGAUUUACUCCCAUCACAUUUAUAGUAAGACUAAAAGAAGAGAAAUACUAGAACUUGCACAAGAAUUGAAAGUCACUGGUUUUUGUAUGCCAGGAAAACCAGGUUUGAUAUGUGUGGAGGGUUGCUACUCCGACGUGUCAGAAUGGUGGCAAACGAUAAAAUCAAUGAAUUGGAAGAAAAUUUUUUGUAAAAUUGUAGAAGACGAUAAAGAAGAAGCGGGUGGUAACUUUUUAAAAUUCAACAACUUUGAGGAAGUCGCAUUUCAAAGCAACGGAGUAAAAUGUAAUCAUAUGGAUAUGGGAGAACUAUAUAAGUUUAUGAAAGCUCACGAUUUAGGAUAUAUCUUCAAAGAAAUUUUUGGAGUUGAAACUAAAUCUAGUGGGGAAUAGUUUACAUUUUUGUCCAAUGAUAUGUGCCUGUAAAAUAUUGUUUAAUAAAAAUUACUAAUGAUAUUGAUUAAAAA